ACAGCGUGGGGCUGGCACAGAGCGGGCACCGGCACAGAGAGCAGCCCAGUCCCGUACAGCGCGCACCGCUGCCCGCGGCACCGCGCGACGGCUCCGCUUCCCCCGAGGGCAGGAGAGCACCACCAGCUGCAAAACUGCCAAACCCCCCAUUCCCCUCCCCAAACCAUUCCUUGAUGUGCCUGGGAUAUCUGCCAGUUCCCUUAUAGGGAUCAUUCACCCGCCAUCCACUUCCUCCAUCCUCUCCUACUCCCAGCAUCUUCACCAUGGCAAAUAGGAAAUUUCACCUAGAAGCCUAAACCCGUAAGAGUGGGGAAGCCCUGGCUGCCAGCUCUGCAAAAGGACAGGCAGGGAAUGUGCUGUGUCUUGAAACCUUGGGCAGCUUGUGCUGCCUGCACUGAGCAGCUCCUGGGAGCUGGGGAGACAGGAAGGAAGGGCAGGUCUUACAGGCUGGAUCCUUCCGUGUUUUACAGGGUCAUUCUCAUUUUGGUGGGAUGGUGUUUUGCUCAGUAUUUACCUGCCUACAAAGUGUUCUUUCCCUGGCUCUUCGGAUUAUCUUUGGCAGCAGCAGCAGUCCCACAGUGUGGGGAGGUCUGACAGGGAAACCCAGCUGUCUUUUUCUCAAUCAGCUCCUUCUUCUACUGCUCAUCAAAAUUUCCCACUUCACCCCUGUAAGUGCAGUGAUUGCUGGCAUUGGACCUGAGCAAGCCUGCUAGGCGAUUUUUAUGCUCCCUUCAAACUCUCAGCCCAUUCUCGGAUUUCACUCCUUGAGCUGCCAAAAAACCACUGAGGGGCUUAAAGAAUUACAAAGGCAGCCAGGAGACUUUGACCCACGGAGCUGUGGCCAUUCUCUCUUCAGUGACUAAAUGUUAAUCCCAAAGCGUUCAUAAGCAUUCUAAAGCACCAGAUCGAUCUUCCCCCAGCCAGCAGGAAGGCAAAGCCAGGGUCCCUGCAGUGCUGGGGGUCAGGGAUGUGAAGAAUGAGCUGUGCAGCACCUGUGCUUCAUCUCCCAGUGUCCUGAGCCACACCAUUUCCUUGGCACAAAGCUGAUGUGUGCAUUGCCCUGCAAGAAAACUGUUCAGGCCAAGUGUGCUUUAUUGUCCUUCAGCUGCAGGAUCUGCCUUGAGUGUUUGGAAGCAGGUCACCUGCAUCCCACCUGUGAGACACAGAACCCUGGCUUGCUUUUCUUACAGGCAGCUGCCUGGCCUGCAGGGACAGCUGAGGGCAGCACAGCUGUGUGUGAGAGGCUGGCUGCUUUUGUCUGCUCUGGACAGCUUGUCCAGGCUUAACCCCAGCCAGCAGCAAAGCACCAGGCAGCCACUGGCACACUCAGUCCCCUGCCAGCCCCAUCAGUAAUGGAAUCACUAGAGCUGAAGUGAAAAACUUGUGGCUUGAGAAAUAGAUGGUUUAGUAGGUAACCAAAAGCUCUGCAUUAAAGGAAACCAAAAGAAGGAAUUAAUUCACUCUUUUUCUAAACAUAAGUUUUACAAUGUUCAAAAUAACCAAGUCAAGCUUUCUUCUUUUUUUUUUUUUUUUUUUUUUUUUUUUUUUUUUUUUUUUGUUCUGCCCUUUAUUAUUACAUCUGAGUGAAGAUAUUGGCUUUAAUACAGGAGAACACGUCAUAAUGAAACUGAAAGUUGUUUUUGAAUUCCUGGAAAUAGAAUUGAAACUUUUUUCACGGGCAAAAUAUUUAGGUUAUACAGUAACCUAGUUAAGCUUUCUGCUCUCAGAGCUUUCUGUCUGCACACCCUGACAAGGGAGCACUGUGCACUGUGUGAGGGCAGCAUAUGGACCUCUCACAUCUCUGCUUCAUCAUUCAAUAAAAAGAACUGGCAUUAUUUUAUCCGAGGAAUUGUCUUCUUGUUCUUGAGAGCUGCAACAUUUCAUGGAAUGCAGAGGUUUGCAGAUGUACUUGGCAUCUCUUUGCAGUCAGGGUGAGGUUGCUCAUCAUGGGCUGCCUUUCCUUGGAGCCUGGUGGGUGCAUUGACAGGAUUUGGUGGAACACAGCCCAAACCAUAAGGAGGAGCAGCACAAUUCAUCAUUUGCUGUAUUUUGAGCCUUUGUAGGAGCUAUUGGCAAAGCCCAAGACCUGCAUUUGUCAUGGAAUAGAGUCAAGGCUGUUUUUCUCCCACGACUGGAGAGAAAUAUCCUUGAUUAUGGUCAGGGGCAGGGGCACAGCCUGUCCCUAAACAGAGGGGCUUUUGUAGACAUUUCAAGCACCUGGAUGUGGUGCACAUCAGAGGAUGAAAACCUGGGCUGAUUCAGUGCUGGCCAGGGAAGCCUCAGCAUCGUGCAACCUGGUCCCCUUGUCUGUGUUUGUGGGUAGGGUUAACAUCAAUCUAAUACAUGAGCUUUUUGCUGCAAAGUCUUUUGAAUUUACCCGAGGGCAUUUGGGAUCUCUCUGCAGCAUCCUCUGCCAUUUUUAUUAGCAACUUACAGACUGGUAGACAAGGCAGGUUUUAAUGAUGAUCCAGCAGUUGUUGUUCUACAAGAAAAUGUCCAGAGUAGUGAAGGGCGCAGGGUCCUGGCUGUUGCCCAUCAGUGGCCUGGAGGAUAACUCGGGGAUAGUGUCCCCACAUUGAGGUGGUGGCCCCACUUCCUCGGCAACAAGAUCACGUUUACCACUCCACGGGUGGUUUUGGCACAGCCAUGGGGGCGGGGGGGACUUGCCGCUGCACGGGAUGGGCGCCAGACACAUAUCUGCGGGGGCAGAAAGGGCGGUGACCUCAGAACGAUAGCGAAAUCGCCUCUAAAAACUAUUUAUAGCGGGAGCAGCGGGCCGGGAUCCCGGCCCCGGCAGCAGCGGGCCAGGCGCUGAGGUGAGCGGAGCUCGGGGGCUGCGAGCGGGCGAUUCCCGCAGGACGCGGCCCCUCCAUCCGCACGGGCCGGAGGUGCCCCAGGGCCCGGGCAGGGCUGGGCCCCGCGGGCAGCCCCGGGCAGCCGCGUCCCGGCAGCGGAGCGGCCCCGAGCCGGCUCCGGCCGAGCGGGGCCGCCGCUCCGGCAGCCGCUGCCCUCGGCGCCGCCGCUGACACCCUCCGUGCCUGCGCUGCCGGCAGCUGCCCCUGCACAGCCCUCGCCUCCCCGCUGCGCUCUGCCCUGCGCUCAGCCAGCCCGGCGGAGCCCGCACGGCCCCACCCAACCACCCCGAGAUGGGACAGGACAAUUGCAAACCCCAGCCCGGGGACCUGAUCGAGAUCGACCGGCCUCGUCAUCAGCACUGGGCGAUCUACGUGGGGGAUGGCUAUGUCAUCAACUUGACACCUGUAGGUAAGCCGGGCCUAAAGCCGGGAGCCCACACAAUGCCAGUAUUCAUCAGAAAGGUGAAGAAGCAGCGACUGAAGAAGGUGGUGAAAAAUCAUAAAGGGCAUGUCAACAACAAGUAUGACCAUUCAUACCCUCCUCUCCCAGUGAAGGAGAUCAUUCAGCGUGCUGAGAGUUAUAUUGACAGGGAGUUGAACUAUCCUGGCUUUGGUAGCAACUGUGAGUACUUUGUGAUAGAGCUUCGAUAUGGAGAAGCAGUCUCUGAGCAGCUGAGGGCUGUUAUACGUGAAGAAGUGCGCAUUCUUGGUGUGACAGACAACAAGGACGACCCCAGCCUUGGGGACCUGAUCGAGAUCCAGCGACCAGCGUACCAGCACUGGGCCCUCUACCUGGGGAAAGGAUAUGUCAUCCACGUGACUGGUGCAGAUGAAGCAGCCUCAUCCCCGUCAACCAGCAGUGGGUCAGUAGUUCUCAGAAGAGCCAAGGUGAAGAAGGAGCUCCUGAAGGAGGUGGUGAGAAAUGAUGAAUGGCAUGUCAACAACAAGUAUGACUGCUACCGCACUCCUUUCCCUGUGGAGGAGAUCAUCCGGCGUGCUGAGCAAUGGAUUGACAAGGAGCUGCCAUAUCGUUUGUUCCUCAAGAACUGUGAGCACUUUGUGACAAUGCUUCGCUACGGAGAUGGAGUCUCUGAGCAGGCCAAGACAGCGCUUCAGAAUAUUAAUUCUGUUUCUUCUGCAGUGAUGGCUGGGAUAGGAGCUGUCAGUCUUAUGGCUGUGGCCAGUAUUCCUGUGAUUGGUCUUCCUCUUGUGGCCGGUGCUCCCUUUGUUGUUGCUGGUAGUGGUAGUCUUCUUGCCUGUAUUGGUUUAUCUUCCAGCAAUGUUGCUCAUUCCGUCACUUUUGGCAAAUUUGAAAAGGCGGGGAGAGAUAUACUAGAACGGAGUUGCUGUUAGGAAGAGCUCAAGCAGGGCAUGGAGUCCCUGGUCACUGUUUAGCUUUUGCCACAAGUGUAAUGAACACUUAUUAGCAACUGCUGUGAUAAUUAAUUCAAAGACUUAUUAAACUGUAAAUAUCCAAAUUCA